AUGGUUUACGGCCUCAAUGGCAUCCAAUUGCAAGAAGUGGACGCGCAGAAAGAUUUAGGGGUAUGGAUCUCGACGUCUCACAAGCCCUCGCUCCACUGCGCAAAAGUAGCCAAGUCUGUGAUGUCGGUCGUGUACCUUGUCGAACGGGCUUUCUGCGCCUUUGAUAUAGACAGCUUCGCUAAGGUCUGUGGAACGUUUGUACGACCGAAACUGGAGUUUGCUAUCCAAGCAUGGAAAUCCUGGACCGCGAAAGACCUCAGUCUCUUUGAGAAUGUACGCCGUCGUGCAUCUCAGCUUGUGACCGGACAGGGAUCAUUACGCUAUGAAACACGUUUAGCAAAACUCGACCCCUUUCCUUUAAGUUACAGGCGGCUACGUGGCGAUCUGAUGAAAAAAUUUCGUAUAAUGCGCGGUCAGGACUGCGGCCGAAUGUCUGCCGAGUUCUUCUAG